UUGCAGAUUGAUUCUAUCUUUUCGGAGCUGGGUGAAGAACUGCACAAAGUUGAAGUGAAUAAAGCAGUAGCAAAUUUUGUCUUGUACGUCGUCGAUCGCGAUACUUUUCCAUUAGUUUUCAUUAAGGGAGAUUGUGUUGGCGGUUUAUGUGAGUUGCGGUUGCUUGAGGAAAAUGGGGUCUUGAGGAACUGGCUUUCAAAGCACACCUAUGACUUAAUAGUUUGUGACUUUCAUUGGUCUUUUUUGGGUGGUUUUAUGGCUGCGAAGUAUGGCAAGAAAGUUGCUUGUUUGGAUUUUGUGAAACCAUCGACUCAAGGAACUACUUGGGGUCUUGGUGGUACAUGUGUUAAUGUUGGUUGCAUUCCUAAAAAGCUAAUGCAUCGAGCCUCCAUUCUUGGGGAACAUAUAAAUGAUGCCAAAAAAUUUGGCUGGGAAAUUGAUGGUGAACCUAAACUGGAUUGGUGCAAGAUGAGAAAUGCUGUUCAGGACCACGUCGCAUCUCUUAAUUGGAAUUAUCGGGUGCAGCUCAGAGAAAACUCAGUUACGUAUAUCAAUGCAUACGGAAAGUUCGUAGAUUCUCAUACCCUUGAAGCCAAAAACAAAAAGGGUAAGGUUGAGAUGUUGACGGCAGAUAGAUUUUUGCUUGCGACAGGUCUUAGACCUCGAUUUCCCAACGUUCCGGGUUGUUUGGAAUGUUGCAUAAGCAGUGACGACCUUUUUUCACUGCCUUAUAAUCCUGGUAAGACUUUAUGUGUUGGUGCGUCGUACAUUUCCCUGGAGUCGGCAGGAUUUUUGAAAGGAAUUGGUAACGACGUUACGGUGAUGGUUCGCUCAAUUAUUUUGAGAGGUUUCGAUCGGGAUAUGGCAGAAAGGAUUCAAAAGCAUAUGUUGGAAAUAGGAGUGAAAUUUAUAAAUGCAGUACCUUUCAAAUAUGAGAAGAUAAAAGAACCUUCAGUUGAUAAACCUGGUUUAAUUCGUGUUUAUACCAUUAAUACGUUAGAGGAUGGUAGUAAGCAAGAAGUUUCCGAAGAUUUCAACACAGUCUUAAUGGCGAUAGGUCGGGAUGCCGUUACUGAUGAUGUGGGUUUAGAUGAAAUUGGAGUGGAGCGUGCGCCAAACAAAAAAAUUAUAGGUCGGCACGAACAAAGUAAGUCAUGCCCUUAUGUGUAUGCUGUAGGUGACGUGCUCGACGGGUGUUUGGAGUUAACACCUGUGGCAAGGACUGCUGGAAAAGUUCUUAUGAGGAGGUUAUAUACUGGUAACUGUGAGAUGACAGAGUAUGAUAAGGUACCAACUACUGUAUUUACUCCAUUAGAGUACGGUUCUUGUGGGCUCUCGGAAGAAACUGCUAAACAAAGGUACGGUGCCGAAAACGUGAACGUUUAUCAUGGGAUGUUUCUUCCUUUAGAAUUUACAAUUCCCCAGAGAGUGGAAAACCGACACUGUUAUUUGAAGUUGAUUUGUGUUAAGUCGCAAAAUGACCGUGUCGUGGGAUUGCAUAUACUGUCGCCUGAUGCUGGUGAAAUAACACAAGGUUUUGCUAUUGCGUUGAAACUUGAUGCAACAAAGGCUGAUUUCGAUCGGUUGAUCGGAAUACAUCCAACUGUAGCCGAGGUUUGUUCACACUUGUUGCUUAGGAAAAAAAGGCUGCACUUUACUGUUUUGGUUUUGUUUGGAUGGUCAGAUGAGUCUCCUGGUCUUUUCGGCAUUAUUUGA